GGAAGUUGAGCGGGUACACUUUCGGUCUCGAGUCAACAGCAUUGCUAAGUUUAUUAGCGUUGUUUUCUUGUUUUUGGGAAGUCUUUGAUAUGAAAAUUUAACUUCGUCGAAUUUUCUUGCGUGGUAAGGCAUGUAAUAAACACGAAAUGUGGCGCUGUUUCUAACAAAUUUGUUUUUACCAGGAAAAGUCUGAAUACUAUCUAGCUGCUAAUGCUAAUUUUAGCUAACUAACAACAUUUCCAUUAUGCACUGUUGUGGAGUGUUGCUUUAGUUAUCACGCAAAACAGCCCAUAUAUUGGAGGACCAGUAACCUUUUCUGCAUGGCGGUGGCUCCUGCCUCGAUGGCAGAUAAGAUCAUAGUCCUCGAUGAUGAUGAAGAGGACAGCCCUCAACCCUCUUGUUCUGCCACCACCUCGUCCUCUGAGCAUCGAGCCAAACAUAUCACACCACUCAAAGACCAGCAGCCAGCGCUUACCCAUAUUAUCCACUCACCUUUUGCUUCAGCGAAGAAAGAUAAAAAUGUUCUGCAGGCGGAGAAUCAGAAGCUGUUUGCAGAGUUUGUGGAGCAUUGCUCAGCUCUCACCAAGGACUGCCCUGAGGUCUUGGCCUUUCUCCAAACAAAACAUGCCAAGGCUAGCCCUGACUAUCUGUCCUCCGUGGAGUUCAGGAACACUCUGGGACGAUGUUUGACUCACGCUCAGGCCAAGAAGUCAAAAACUUUUGUUUAUAUUAAUGAACUGUGUACUGCACUCAAGCAGCAUGCUGUCAAGAAAAGGCAGAAAAUCAUCACGGUUGACACUUCUACCUCAGCGUCAGGUUCUCUUCAGUCUACCUCUGUUUCACUCAAAAGCAAAGACAAGACUAAAGGUAAAGUGGACCAAGAGGAAAACGGAAUGGAACCGGUAGAAGAAGAGGAAGAAGAGCAACCUUCCACCUCAGGACUGCAAGCGAACAACGGAGAGGGGGCUCAAGAAGCAGAGAAAAAGGCUAAAAGGGCAUCCAGGAAACAGAUUGCCUACCUGGAGAACCUGUUAAAGGUGUACAACGAUGAGAUCCAACAUCUGCAGCAGGCUGAGCUCAGUCUCGAUGAACUUGGAGCUGAAGACUCCACAUACAUCCAGGAGCACAAACUGAAACGCAAGAUGAUGAAGAUCUAUGAAAAGCUGUGUGAACUUAAGGGCUGCAGUACAUUUACAGGCAGAGUUAUUGAACAGAAAAUUACCUACAGGAGUACUCGAUAUCCUGAGAUUAACAAGAGGAUCGAGCGUUUCAUUAACAGUCCUGAGGCUCGCUGGAACCCUCCGGAUUACCCAGACAUCCUGCAGCAGGUAUUGCGUGCCAAUGAGCGCUACAACCUGGGCUUGAGCAGAAAGCAGCUGAACCAGAUUGCUCAGGAGGCCUUCAGAGAAACUGGGACUUGCAUUCAGGAACGACGUCAGUUGGACUUGGCCUACAACUUCGGCUCACACCUCACGGACACCUACCAGCCACGUACAGACCCGGCUUUAAAUGACACCAAUCUGUUGCAAAAACUGCGGUCAAACAGAGAACAGGCGUUAUCCCGUCUGGAGGAGGUCAUCACCAAAUAUGCUAACAAACAAGAAGACACAGAGGAGCAGGAGAGGUGCAAACGGCUGGAGAAAGGCAGCAAGGACAAAGAGAAUCACAAAUCAGACGAGGGAGCUGAGACAAAAGCAGCAAAUGGAGUGGCAGCAGAAGAGGAAGAGGAAGAAGAGGAUGACGAAGAUGAUGUAUCCUCGGACCCAGACAUAGAGGAAGAGAUCCAGGCCAGCACUCAGCAGGAUGGACCAGAUGAUGAUCAUGAGGAAGACGAUGGUAACGAGGCAGAGCAAGCGUCUGUGGGCGACAAUAAGGAGGAUCAGACCUACGAUCAGACAGGAAGUGUUUCUGCUGGCGAAGAAGGAAGCUUGAAAGAUGACGAGGAGCCAGUCACAAGUGGAAGUCCUAUCUCUGAUGAAACCAAGUCCCAGAUCUCUCCAUUGUCCGACAUCCCCUCCCCGAGAGACAGCCCCAGCCAAUCAGAGCCCAUUCAGACCGACGACCAGCCGCCACUGUCUAAUGGUGACCCAGAGGAACCACAGGAGCCUGCAGAUUCUUCCAAUCAAGUUUCAGUUGUGCUUGUAAGAACCAACAAAGUUACCAACGACCCUCCAGAUGUUGUCCCAGCUGCAGCUGAUGGGGAGCCUUUACCCUCACCUCAAACAGUCACUGUGCAGCAUUGUGACGCCCAGACAAAUGGCACAUCGCCGCUUCCCACCGCCAGAACUACCAGGAGCCAGAAGAGGAAGAGAGAGGAAAGGAUGUCCGAUAACUCCAGAAAUACGAAGCACAUAAUCAUCCGCGACAGUGAGACAGACAUACCUCUGGAUAUGGGCGUUAUUAGCUGCAGUUCUCCGCAGAAGGCCGAGUCCACCCGAGCAGAUACUCCAACUCAGGACCUGGUCAGCAGCUCACAGUUAACGCCGCCUCCCAAGAGGAACAAGGUGGGGAAACAAGGCUGCUGGAUGGUCAACGUGGCGACUCAGUGUGACCCAGAUGAAAUCAUCGUCCUCUCAGACUCGGAGUGACCCACAAUGUGUCGGCUCUCUUUGAUUUCGCUCCGGCAACCGUCUCGGCUGGCUGGUAGAGACGAUGAAAGAGCUGAAUAUUUUCUAAUCCAGAGCAGGGAAUUGGUGAAAGCACUCGUGUAAUAGCUCAUCUCACCUGAUCACAAAACAGAAGCCAGGACGUGUGUUUGUUUCAGAUUUGUCAUUUUAACCAAACUUUCAGGAGAAUGCCGACUUAACUGGGAUUUUUUUGGGCCUGUGCUUUGGGAUGCGUUGAUUUUCCGCGUCUCAAACUGGUCUCCAAACAGGAAGUGCUGCCUAACCGUGACCACGCUGUCAUUUUUAGGUUACAGACACUCCUCCUCCGCUCAGACUGUUCGUGAUGCAGCUUCAACCAUCCAGGUGGAUGCAUUAGAUGUCUGAGGUUUUUCUGUUUUUGACCCAUAAGUUUAGUUUCUUUAGGUGAGAAUCUGUUUUUAUGUGAACUCUGCAAACAUGUCGCCUUUAUAUUGAAUUUUUCUUCUUCUAUACAUCAGAGGGAGCUUAAAUUAAAACCCGAGGAACUCGGAGUUGUUGUCUUUUAUGAUGUUUGUAUUUAUAGUCAUUUCUGAGCGAGUCUGAUGGUUUGUGCUUGAAUGUUAGAGAAGUGUGGACUGCAGCAGUGAUAAUGGGAAAUCAAAAUAUGUUUCCAUCAAAAUAGAUUUAAGGUUUUGAAAUUAGAUGCGUUCUCCCUUUUUUAUACUUUCCAGUUAUCUGUUAGAAAGGUAUUUUAUAUUUUUCUCAUUGUCAACAAACCCAUGAAAAACCAAGACAACAAUAACUUCUUACUGCUGUUAUUAUUCAGCGUUCUUUCAGAAAAGGUUGAUG